ACCUCAAAAUUCACAGUAGCCAGAUCCAGCAGAAUUGAGUGACAGGCUCAAACACAAGCUAGAAGAUAGGUGCUUAGUGAGUUAACCAGUGGGAUGUCGCUGGAAGAUAGUUUGAAGAAGAGGGUGGCCAAGUGCCGCAGGGAGUAUGACAUUAUUUACAAGCAGCUACCGGUGCUGCUAGAGAAGAUGGAAAUUCUAUUUCCUACGGGGAAGAAGAUGGAGAGCUCCGAGCCGGAGAACAAAUCCGAAGCAAAGGGGGAGCCGGUCGACCCGCUGCGAGCCAUGACGCCGGCAGAAAUAGGGGAGCGCUACAAGGAUCUGGCGGACACCGUCAAGGGAUUCCUCAAGGAUCUGGACGAGGCCGAGAAGGAGAUCGUCGCAGGCACGAGCCAGGCGGCAACGCCACCUGCUUCAGUGGAAGACCAGUAAUAAUCAAGAGCAGCAGCAGCACAACCGCACAAGGAGAGGGAGGCCUGGAUCUGCAUCAGGAGGAUCAUCAUCCCGUCUAAUAAUAAUUACUCCGUAUUAGUUUCCUUUCGUCAGUCAUGUUUCCCAGUUUGUUAAUCAUCUGGAUGUUGGGUGAUAAUUUAGCUGUUCUGGUGUGUUGUGAUUCCGACCGAGUCGAGCAGGUCGUAGCUAGAGCGUGUGUUCGUCGGCUGUAUGUAUCGCUUUCGAUCCGUGGAAUCGGUCGGAGUACACUGCCUGCUAUAUGGUUGUUUAUGUUUAUGAUUCAGAUUAUCCUUACUGA